AUGUUGGAUGGUGUUAUUCCUAAUGAGCUUGGCCAAUUGCAUGAGCUCGAGAUUCUCGAUGUUUCUAGAAACAAACUUAGCGGUUUAAUCCUCGCGGAGCUUGGAAAUUGUGUUCGGUUGUCGGUUCUUGUCCUUUCUAAUCUCUUUGAUCAUGUACUGAGUGAGCAGAGCUCAAGUGAAGAGCUUUCAUUUAGAUUGCCACUCGCUACAACUGAUGAGCAUAAUCGUUUUCAAGGCUCAAUUCCCAUGACAAUUACUACCCUUCCGAAGCUUAGAAUGCUUUGGGUGCCGAGGAACAACUUCAGUGGGGAAAUAUUUGGAGUGUUCAAUGGAUGCAAGAAACUGCAGCAUCUAGAUUUGAGCUCGAACAGGCUAACCGGGCAGCUUGAUGUUAAACUUCCAGUUCCUUGUGUGUCACUCUUUGAUAUCAGUGGAAACCUCAUGUCUGGAUCAAUCCCCGGAUUUAAUCACAGUCUUGCAAUGCUUUUACCAUUUUUCGGUUCGAAAGCUGUGUUAGUUCACAGUUUUGGCAGAAAUAACUUCUCUGGUUCACUCCCAAGGCUACCAAUUGCAUCAACGAGAAUGGAGGACCAGAUUGAUUAUGCAUGUCUUGCUGGAGGAAACAAGCUCACUGGAUCAGUUCGAAGUUUGUUUGGGAACUGUAACAAGCUCCAUGGGAUGAUUGCUAAUGUCAGCAUGAACCGAUUGUCCGGUAAUAUUCCGUUAGGAAUUGGUGCAAUCUGUAAAUCUCUUAUAUAUUUGGAUGCCUCUGAGAAUCAAAUUACCAGGAUAAUUCCCCAAAGCUUGAGGGACUUGAAGUCUCUUGUGUUCCUUGACCUAAGUGGAAACAAGCUUAGAGGUUUGAUUCCCGAAGGACUUCAUCAAUUGAAGUAUCUGAAACAUCUCUCCUUGGCAAGCAACAACCUGACUGGCUCCCUUGAAGUGUUAGAACUUUCACCAAAUUUGCUAUCUGUGAAUUAUACCGGUGUCCAUAAAAAGCCUUUCCUUCAUUCACACCAUGUAUUCUCGCUAUCUAUUCGCCCUGGCAAUAUGACAACGAACACUGAAGGUUCAGAAAGUGGUGCAGCUUUUCCUUCUGGAAACACAACUGACAAUCAAGGUCUGGAUUCCAUUGAGGUUGCAUCCAUAGCAUCUGCCUCAGCCAUUGUUUUAGUUCUAGUAGUUCUAGUUGGCCUCUUCUUUUAUGCCAGGAAAUGGGUCCCACCUUCCAGGAUACAGGUUUCUGAAUCAAGGGAAAUAACCACAUUCGUUGAUAUUGGGGUUCCAUUGACAUAUGAAACAAUUGUCCAGGCAACGGGGAACUUUAGUGCUGGCAAAUGCAUUGGGAACGGAGGUUUUGGUGCCACUUACAAGGCCGAAAUAGCUCCGGAAACCCUAGUUCCAGUGAAGAGGCUUGCUGCCAGUAGGUUCCAAGGUGAUCAGCAGUUCCAUGCUGAGGUAAAGACCCUCAAAACUGUGAGGCACCCUAAUCUUGUGACUCUAAUAGGGUAUCAUGCCAGUGAAACAGAGAUGUUUCUCAUAUACAAUUAUUUUUCAGGCGGUAAUUUAGAAAAUUUUAUUAAGGAAAGGUCCGCAAGGGCCGUGGAUUGGAAGAUUAUUCACAAGAUUGCUCUGGAUAUAGCCCAUGCACUCGCAUAUCUGCAUGACCAAUGCACUCUGAAGGUUCUGCACCGGGAUGUCAAGCCAAGUAACAUAUUGUUGGAUGAUGAUUGUAAUGCUCAUCUGUCUGAUUUCGGAUUAUCAAGGCUUUUGGGUACCUCCGAAACCCAUGCAACAACUGGUGUGGCUGGAACAUUCGGUUAUGUUGCACCAGAGUAUGCUAUGACCUGUCGUGUAUCUGAGAAGGUCGAUGUCUACAACUAUGGGGUUGUGCUGCUUGAGUUGAUAUCAGAUAAGAAAGCCUUGGAUCCUUCAUUUUCCGCUCAUGAAAAUGGCUUCAAUAUCGUCUCUUGGGCCUGCAUGAUGCUGCGACAGGGUCAAGCAAAGGAUGUGUUCACUACAAGGCUGUGGGAAAAUGGUCCACACGACCAUCUCGUGGAACUGCUGCACGUGGCCAUUACGUGCACGGUCGAUAUCCUCUCAACCAGGCCAACGAUGAGGCAAGUUGUCCAUCGUUUAAAAUGA